UUGUUGUCGAGAAAAAUGACGGGCUUUAGCAAUAAGGCCAUAGUUAUCGAUGGCCGUGGCCAUCUGCUGGGCCGCCUGGCCGCAGUCAUUGCUAAGGUCCUGCUGGAAGGAAACAAAGUUGUAGUUGUCCGUUGCGAGCAGCUCAACAUCUCUGGGAACUUCUUCAGGAACAAGUUGAAGUUCAUGUCAUUCCUACGCAAGAGAUGCAAUGUGAACCCAGCUCGUGGGCCAUUCCAUUUCAGAGCACCCUCUAAGAUUCUGUGGAAGACUGUUAGAGGAAUGAUCCCACACAAGACGGAACGCGGGAAGGAUGCACUGAGAAGGCUCCGUGCGUAUGACGGCUGCCCUCCACCGUAUGACAGCCGCCGCCGCGUCGUUGUGCCUGCUGCACUACGAGUAUUCUGCCUAAAACCUGGCCGCAAGUACUGUCAUGUGGGCAGACUAUCGCACGAGGUCGGUUGGAAGUACCGCGAUGUCGUCCGCAAACUUGAAGACAAGAGAAAGUUCAAGGCCAUUCACAAAGUUGCUUUCGACAGGAAACUUAAGAGAAUCACCAAGGAAGCAGGCCAGAAGGUAGCGAAAUCGACGGCUUCAUUCACAUCCGUCAUCCAAUCCUAUGGAUAUGCUUAGGAUUAAGAAAUUUAUUUAAAAAUAAACCAUUUGGUUGC